GAAGCUCCCAGCUGACCAGAUGCUGCCCAGAGUGGACAUCCAGCAGAACGCGAGUGGGGAGAAGGCGAUGGUGUUUACUCAGAAUCUGCUCCUGGAGUACACCAACCACACCACUCAGGUGGUGCCCCUGCGGGCCAUCGUGGCCAUGCCCGAGCUGCAGCUCUCCACCAGCUGGGUGGACUUCAGCACCCGCUUUGUGAACCAGAAGCAGGUCUGCGAGGUCUAUCUGAUGAACCUGAGUGGCUGCCGGAGCUACUGGACUGUGCUGACGGGCCAACAGGAGCCAGACAAGGGCCCUGUGGCCUUCGGGGUCUCCCCAGGCAGUGGACUGCUGGAGGCAUGACCAGUCAAUGCGCCCCCAUCCUCUGUCACCCUCCAGGUUUUCUUCACUGCCAGGUACAGUCCCCCCAACCCCCCAGCACUGCCUACAGGCCUGGAGCCCAGGGCCCCCUCCUAACCUUAGCCCUCGUCUCCCCCAGGAACAGUGAGCUGUAUGAAUCCAUGCUGGUGGUAGAAGGUAUGUACCCUCCAAGGCCACGUCUCUACCAGCUCUGAGGCUCUGCCCCACAUCCCAGCCCCAGGCUCCCAGCUGUAGAAAUAAAAUGGCACAGAGCUAAGGAACAGGUCUGCUGGGCAGGGGGCUGGACCAUGCCACAGACUGGGGUGGUGGAGUGGACAGUGGGGAGUAGAGGAGCUAGUACCUCUGACCUCCAACUGCUCUGAACAGCUCCUAGAAUGGAGGGGCCCCCUUUCCAAAAGGGCAAUUUAAGAUCCAAAGGAGGAAAAGAAAAAAACUCCUAGAAAAAUAGAAGUAGUAAGGCACUUAAUCUGAUUAAGGCUAUCUACAACAAAUUUACAACAAACAUCACACGUAAUUUUGAAAUGUUUGUUGAAUGCUUUCUCUAAAAUCAGUAGUAAGACAAGGAUGCCAGCCCACACCACUUCUUUUCCAUUGUGUACUGGAGGAACUAGCUAGUCCAGGAAGACAAGAAAGAGAAAUAUAAGACAUAAACAUUAAAAA